AUGGAACCGGGGGGCCGGGCCCGCACUGGUCCCCCGCAGCCAGCGUCCCCGGGGCCGUGGAGAGCUCGGCCGGCGGGCGGCGGCGGCGUUGGCGGCGGCGCCUCCUUCUGGCUGCUGGACGGGAACAGCUGGCUGCUGUGCUAUGGCUUCCUCUACCUGGCGCUGUACGCGCAGGUGUCCCAGUCCAAGCUCUGCGAAAGGACCGGCUCCUGCUUCUCGGGCCGCUGUGUCAACUCCACCUGCCUCUGCGACCCGGGCUGGGUGGGGGACCAAUGCCAGCACUGCCAGGGCAGGUUCAAGUUAACAGAACCUUCUGGAUAUUUAACAGAUGGUCCAAUUAACUAUAAGUAUAAAACUAAAUGUACAUGGCUAAUUGAAGGCUAUCCAAAUGCAGUGUUAAGAUUAAGAUUCAAUCAUUUUGCUACAGAAUGUAGCUGGGAUCAUAUGUAUGUUUAUGAUGGAGAUUCAAUAUAUGCACCUUUAAUAGCUGUACUUAGUGGUUUGAUAGUCCCUGAAAUAAGGGGAAAUGAAACUGUGCCUGAAGUUGUUACAACGUCUGGCUAUGCACUGUUACAUUUUUUUAGUGAUGCUGCAUAUAAUCUAACUGGCUUCAACAUUUUUUACUCAAUCAAUUCUUGUCCUAACAAUUGCUCUGGUCAUGGGAAGUGUACAACUAGUGUCUCUGUUCCAAGUAGAGUAUAUUGUGAGUGUGAUAAAUACUGGAAGGGUGAAGCUUGUGACAUUCCUUACUGUAAAGCCAAUUGCGGCAGUCCAGAUCAUGGUUACUGUGACCUAACAGGUGAAAAGCUGUGCGUCUGCAAUGAUAGUUGGCAAGGUCCUGAUUGUUCUUUGAAUGUUCCUUCCACUGAGUCUUACUGGAUUCUGCCAAAUGUUAAACCCUUCAGUCCUUCUGUAGGUCGGGCUUCCCAUAAAGCUGUUUUACAUGGGAAAUUUAUGUGGGUGAUUGGUGGAUAUACUUUUAACUACAGUUCUUUUCAAAUGGUCCUGAAUUACAAUUUAGAAAGCAGUAUAUGGAAUGUAGGAACUGUAUCAAGGGGACCUCUCCAGAGAUAUGGGCAUUCUCUUGCUUUAUAUCAGGAAAACAUCUUUAUGUAUGGAGGCAGAAUUGAAACAAGUGAUGGCAAUGUCACAGAUGAAUUAUGGGUUUUUAACAUACAUAGUCAGUCAUGGAGUACAAAAACUCCUACUGUGCUUGGACAUGGUCAGCAGUAUGCUGUGGAGGGACAUUCAGCACAUAUUAUGGAGUUGGAUAGUAGAGAUGUUGUCAUGAUCAUAAUUUUUGGAUAUUCUGCAAUAUAUGGUUAUACAAGCAGCAUACAGGAAUACCAUAUCUCAUCAAACACUUGGCUUGUUCCGGAAACUAAAGGAGCUAUUGUUCAAGGUGGAUAUGGCCAUACCAGUGUGUAUGAUGAAAUAACAAAGUCCAUUUAUGUUCAUGGAGGCUAUAAAGCAUUACCAGGCAACAAAUAUGGAUUGGUAGAUGACCUUUAUAAGUAUGAAGUUAACACUAAGACUUGGACUAUUUUGAAAGAAAGUGGGUUUGCCAGAUACCUUCAUUCAGCUGUUCUUAUCAAUGGAGCUAUGCUUAUUUUUGGAGGAAAUACCCAUAAUGACACUUCCUUGAGUAACGGUGCAAAAUGUUUUUCUGCCGAUUUCCUGGCAUAUGACAUAGCUUGUGAUGAAUGGAAAAUAUUACCGAAACCAAACCUUCAUAGAGAUGUCAACAGAUUUGGACACUCUGCAGUUGUCAUUAAUGGGUCCAUGUAUAUAUUUGGAGGAUUUUCUAGUGUACUCCUUAAUGAUAUACUUGUAUACAAGCCUCCAAAUUGCAAGGCUUUCAGAGAUGAAGAACUUUGUAAAAAUGCUGGUCCAGGGAUAAAAUGUAUUUGGAAUAAAAAUCACUGUGAAUCUUGGGAGUCUGGGAAUACUAAUAAUAUUCUUAGAGCAAAAUGCCCUCUGAAAACAGCUGCUUCUGAUGACAGAUGUUACAGAUAUGCAGAUUGUGCCAGCUGUACUGCCAAUACAAAUGGGUGCCAGUGGUGCGAUGACAAGAAAUGCAUUUCAUCAAACAGUAACUGCAGUAUGUCUGUGAAAAACUAUACCAAAUGUCAUGUGAGAAAUGAGCAGAUUUGUAACAAACUUACCAGCUGUAAAAGCUGUUCGCUAAACUUGAAUUGCCAGUGGGAUCAGAGACAACAAGAGUGCCAGGCUUUACCAGCUCAUCUUUGUGGAGAAGGAUGGAAUCAUAUUGGGGAUGCUUGUCUUAGAAUUAAUUCCAGUAGAGAAAACUAUGACAAUGCAAAACUUUAUUGCUAUAAUCUUAGUGGAAAUCUUGCUUCAUUAACAACCUCGAAAGAAGUAGAAUUUGUACUGGAUGAAAUACAGAAGUAUACGCAACAGAAAGUAUCACCUUGGGUAGGCUUACGCAAGAUCAAUAUAUCCUACUGGGGAUGGGAAGACAUGUCACCAUUUACAAACACAACACUACAGUGGCUUCCUGGUGAACCCAAUGAUUCUGGGUUCUGUGCGUAUCUAGAAAGGGCAGCAGUGGCAGGCUUAAAAGCUAAUCCUUGUACCUCUAUGGCAGAUGGUCUUGUCUGUGAAAAACCUGUUGUUAGUCCAAAUCAAAAUGCAAGGCCUUGCAAAAAGCCAUGCUCUUUAAGGACAUCGUGUUCCAACUGUACCAGCAACGGCAUGGAGUGUAUGUGGUGCAGCAGCACGAAGCGAUGCGUUGACUCGAAUGCUUACAUAAUCUCUUUUCCAUAUGGACAGUGUCUGGAGUGGCAGACUGCCACCUGCUCUCCUCAAAAUUGUUCUGGAUUGAGAACCUGUGGACAAUGUUUGGAACAUCCUGGGUGUGGCUGGUGCAACGAUCCUAGUAAUACAGGAAGAGGACACUGCAUUGAAGGGUCUUCCCGGGGACCAAUGAAGCUUGUUGGAAUGCAUGAUAAUGAGAUGGUUCUUGACACCAGUGUUUGUCCUAAAGAGAAGAACUAUGAGUGGUCUUUUAUCCAGUGUCCAGCUUGCCAGUGUAAUGGACAUAGCACUUGCAUCAAUAAUAACGUGUGCGAACAGUGUAAAAAUCUUACCACAGGAAAGCAGUGUCAAGACUGCAUGCCAGGUUAUUAUGGAGAUCCAACCAACGGAGGACAGUGUACAGCUUGUACAUGCAGUGGACAUGCAAAUAUUUGUCAUAUGCACACAGGAAAAUGUUUCUGCACAACUAAAGGAAUAAAAGGUGAUCAAUGCCAAUUAUGUGACUCUGAAAAUCGCUAUGUUGGUAAUCCACUUAGAGGAACAUGUUAUUACAGCCUUUUGAUUGAUUAUCAGUUUACAUUCAGCUUAUUACAGGAAGAUGAUCGCCAUCAUACUGCCAUAAACUUCAUAGCAAACCCAGAACAGUCAAACAAAAAUUUGGAUAUUUCAAUUAAUGCAUCAAACAACUUUAAUCUGAACAUUACAUGGUCAGUUGGUUCAACAGCUGGAACAAUAUCUGGGGAGGAGACCCCUAUAGUUUCCAAGACUAAUAUAAAAGAAUACAGAGAUAGUUUUUCCUAUGAAAAAUUCAACUUUAGAAGCAAUCCAAACAUUACGUUCUAUGUGUACGUCAGCAACUUUUCAUGGCCCAUUAAAAUACAGAUUGCAUUCUCACAACACAACACAAUCAUGGAUCUUGUGCAGUUUUUUGUCACCUUCUUCAGUUGUUUUUUAUCCUUGUUACUGGUGGCCGCUGUGGUGUGGAAGAUCAAGCAAACAUGUUGGGCUUCUCGACGGAGAGAGCAACUGCUUCGAGAACGACAGCAGAUGGCCAGCCGUCCCUUUGCUUCUGUUGACGUAGCCCUGGAAGUGGGAGCUGAACAAACAGACUUUCUGCGAGGGUCAUUAGAGAACAUUUUCAAAAAUUGUAUGAUGCAGAAGGAUAUAAAGAUGAAAAUAAAUAACAAAAACGGAGCACCCAAACCAAUAGCCAUUGAACCAUGUGCUGGGAACAGAGCGGCAGUUCUGACUGUGUUUCUUUGUCUACCACGAGGAUCAUCAGGUGCCCCUCCCCCAGGACAGUCAGGCCUUGCAAUUGCCAGUGCCCUAAUAGAUAUUUCACAACAGAAGCCUUCAGAUAGUAAAGACAAGACUUCAGGAGUCCGAAAUCGAAAACACCACCUCUCAACACGUCAAGGAACGUGUGUCUGAGAAACAGAAACUGCUCCUGGAGGUUCUGUAAUGUUUGACUUUGUAAAUGGCUGCCAUU